AUGAAUUCCCCGGUCGUUCGAAGCGUUUCAGAAUGUUUUAUCAAGCCGUCGGGUCAAACUCAAGAAUCAGAGCAUAUCAUCAAUUUAACACCUUGGGAUAUUGCUAUGCUGUCUAUGCACUACAUCCAGAAGGGUCUACUCUUCAAGAAGCCUGCAACACUUGUUGAUCAACAAGAUUUCAUAGAGAAUCUGUUGGAGAAGCUGAAGCACUCUCUUUCUCUCACCCUCUUCCAUUUUUAUCCAUUGGUAGGCCACCUUGUCACAAACAAAGACCCUUCCUCUUACACUAUUUUCGUUGACUGCAACAACACUGAUGGAGCAAGAUUCAUCUAUGCAACUUUGGAUAUGACAAUAUCUGACAUCCUAUCUCCCGUUGAUGUCCCACCCAUUGUUCACUCAUUCUUUGACUCCCACAAAGCAGUCAACCAUGAUGGUCACACCGAGCCACUGUUGUCCAUUAAAGUUACUGAACUAUUGGAUGGUGUUUUCAUAGGUUGUUCUAUGAACCAUGGUAUUGGUGAUGGAACUUCUUAUUGGAAUUUCUUCAACACAUGGUCCGAUAUCUUUCAAGCUCAAGCCCAUGAAUACGACGUUCCCAUCUCACGCCACCCUGUUCAUAACCGGUGGUUUCCUGAUGGUUGUGGUCCAUUGAUCAAUCUUCCCUUCAAACGUCACGAAGAGUUUAUAAGCAGAUUUGAAGCACCCAAUCUGAGAGACAAAAUCUUCCGUUUUUCAGCAGCGUCUAUUGCAAAGCUGAAAGCAAGGGCUAACUCAGAGUCCAAGACCACCAAAAUCUCUUCGUUCCAAUCCUUAUCAGCUCAUGUAUGGAGAUGCAUAACACGCGCACGUCAGCUUCCACAUGAUGAGAUAACAAGUUGCAAAUUGGCCAUAAAUAAUCGAGCAAGAAUGGAGCCGCCUCUGCCGCAUGAAUACUUUGGAAACUCUGUUGAUGUGGUGAGUGCGGGGACCAAAGUAGGGGAAUUGCUGGAGAACGAUCUAGGAUGGGCUGCAUGGAAGGUGCACCUGACUGUUGCUAACCAAAACGACAGAGCAGUGCGUGACGGUGUCAAAGAGUGGUUACAGCGCCCUGUGGUGUACCAACUUGGCGUGCACUUUGAUUCGUGCAGUGUGACCGUGUCAAGUUCGCCGAGGUUCGACAUGUAUGGGAAUGAAUUUGGGAUGGGAAAAGCUGUGGCAGUUCUGAGUGGAUAUGCCAACAAAUUCGAUGGGAAUGUGACUGCAUAUCCAGGUCGUGAAGGAGGGGGAAGCAUAGAUUUGGAACUGUCCCUUCCGCCCAAUGCAAUGAGCUUGCUAGAAUCAGAUGAGGAGUUUAUGGAAGCUGUUUCUGUGUCCAUGUAA